AUGAAGAAUCGUCAGCGAAACCUUGAUAUUGUUCAUCACGGCCUUGUACUUAUAAGCGACGGGAAAGGACGUGGAAGACCAUCGAGACUCCUCUUAUCUAAGGAUCAGCUUUCGAUAGAAAUUCCCGCUGAUAGCGCAACGGAAGAUGAAGUGGAACCAGCAGCACCAGAUGACCAAACUCGUACCAUUGUAAUAAAACGAAAAGGUGGAGGCUUAGGGCUGUCAAUAAAGGGCGGCACCGAAAACGCUCAGAAUCUCCCUAUUGUCAUCUCCAAAAUUUUUCCUGGAAUGCCAGCUGACCAAACAGGUCAGUUAUAUGUCGGUGACGCUAUAGUGGAGGUUAACGGUGUAUCAGUAGAAGGUCGAUCUCAUGAUGAGGUGGUAGAAAUGCUCAAAGCGGAUGGAGAAGAAGUUCGACUAGGAGUUCGACAUUGCUCUAACAUUGUUUCGUUUCUGAAGCCAGCUCAGUCACUGCAGCCAGGAAGGUCAGGUGGCGCUUUGGAUAAAAUUUAUGAGCCCAGUACUUGGAAGACCGCAAUGAAGGCACAAUCCGAUCUAGGACUCUACGACGGACGUGAAAAGUCGGCCGGCGUUGAAGGAAAAGACGAAAAAUGGAAGACAGUCACGGUAAUACCGCUUCCAAUGGCGUACCUCACACGAUACCUCUGGGGUACUGAUAUUUUGAGAACUAAUUCCUUCGAGGUUCGUGCAGUUGACGGAACAUCAUCGGGAAUCAUUCAUUGCGCUGAUGCUCGAGCACUUGAGCAGUGGAUCCAACAUAUUAACAAUCACAUUCAAGCACUUAACCACAAAAGCAUUAAAAUGAGCAACAAAUAUUUGCACCAAAGUGAACAGAUCUCCUAUAUAGGAUGGGUGAAUGAAUAUAUGAGUGAAGGAUUAUCGGAUGAUCCGAAGCAGAAAUGGGAACCGCGAUUUCUGAUACUAAAAGGUGGCGACGUGUGCUUAUUUGAGAGUCCACCGUUAAGCUCCGAAGACCUGAACAAGUGUCUAUAUCUCUACAAAAAUUACGAUGUGGCAAUUAAGCAGGUGCCGAAUGAUUCACGGCGUUUGGACAAGCGUGAAAAUUCCUUUUAUCUGGAAACAUGCAUGGCAGACGGCAUACGACACUAUCUGUCGUUGGAAACUCCUCAAAUGUUCGAAAUCUUCGAGGCCGCUUAUCACAAGAGUGUCUACACAACUGUGAUUGCAAUGCAGACACGAACAUUUGCGUGCAGUUUUGAAGAAAGACCAAGCGGGUUGGUGUUAGAUAUUAAACAAGGAAUAAGCCUCUACGAUAUUCCUACAAAGAGUUACGUUUGGCAGUACCGUUUCCGAGACCUACAUUCUUCAUCGGAUGAUGGAAAAGUUCGCGUGCAGCUGGUAUUCAGGGAUGAACGCUCCUUGGACCCAGGAAAGCUUGAAGUAAAGGAUAUCGAAUGUGAUGAGGUACUGGCCGUCGUUUUCAACAUACACUCCUUUUUGGUUACAAAAAUCGUGGCUGCAGAUCCCGAUUUUCUCAAACUCAAUCCGCUUCUAUGA